AUUAUUAUACGUCAGUGUGUUAUGAUCAGUGUAGUUGGAAUUGUCUUUGAAACGUGGUCCUCAGUGUAGUUACAAAAGUUUUACCUGAAAGAACCUUCUUGCUAUCGUCUUAAAAAUUUUUAUAUUUAUGCUGAGAGUUGAAAUUUCCUAAUUGAAUUAGCUAAACAGGAUCUCGCGCAAUGAAUCCUGAUUCAAUUGGUCGUAAUCAAAGAAUUGAAACAACAGUGGCUGAGAAGGAGUACCAAAUUCAAAAACAUCUUAUUUUACUCCUACACGCUGAAAAUUGUCUACAACAAGAGAUUCAAUCAAAUGAAGAGAGUGAAUGUUCUCUACCUCACUGUAGAACAAUGAAAAAUGUAUUAAAUCACAUAAGAAAUUGUCAAUUGAGUACUUGCAAGGUACAUCAUUGUUUUUCAUCGAAAAUGAUUCUUAGACAUUGGCGAAGUUGUAUAAGAGAUCAAUGUAACGUAUGUACACCGUUAAAAGAAAUUUUUAGAAGUAGACAACAAAAUAAUUCUUUACCACAAAUUUCAUCUCGAUCAAAUGUCAAUCCAUUAGUUAUGAGAAAAACAUAUUUUGCACCCUAUCCACCAACAAAUAAUCCAAAUUUAUUACCCGAUCAUCAGACAAUUAAUAGAAAUAUCAGAAUGAUAAAAAUAACCGAUCUUCAAAUGGUACAAUUUCAAAAUCAAAGACGGCAAGAACAACAUUUUUUCAAUACACAACAACAACAACAACGAGUUUUAAAUCCUUGUUCAAUUAAUUGUUCAUGUGGAAUUAAUCCAAUAGGUCAAACAAUUAUUAAUAGAAGUGGUUUUGAUACUAUGGGAAAUUUUAAUUCUCAAACUGGACCAGGACGUAUUUUUGGAACAGAACAACAACAACAACAACAACAAAUUAUCUUUCCAAAUUUCUCUCUACCCGCUAUCAAUAAUUCAACUGAAAUGAUUCCUCCAUUGAUAAACAAUUCCAACUACCAAUUCGAUUGUCGUUCACUAAUAGAUGACAUGGUUCGCCGGAUGAAAAAAAGACUCGAGAAGAGGCUACAAGAUAAGGAAAAAUAACAGCGCAACAUCAAAACUAUAGUGAUUUUGAUUUUCAAAUUAUUCUAAACAUGUGCAAGUGUUUAAUUUGUAAAAAAAAUAUUCCUAGAUCUGGAAACUUUGAUUAAAGCUCGAAAUGUUUUAUAUUAAACAAUUAUUUGUUUAUACUUAGCGUAUGAAAUAAAUUGUGUAUGAAAUUUAA